AUGCCCGCCCACAGCGUUAACUGCGAGGACGGGUUGGCAGAUUAUCACCUAAUGCUGCACAGGGCAUCGCCCCUACCUAGCCAGCUGUUAUGGCAGCCACCAACACCCUACCCCGAGCGGGAUUUGGAGGAGCUUGUUGACGCGGCCCCGAACCCUGUUGCUGAGCUCCCCGCAGCCCUCCCGGCUCCCUAUUUGAUUCCGGGGCCAGCAAUCAUUCAUGAGGAGGAGCCCCAAAUGGCCACCCUCGACCUCACCCCUCCCCCUCUCGUCAUCAACAUCUCAGACGACGAGGAUGAUGAGCCCCUGGCCCAGGCCCAGGCACAGGAGCCUGCCGCCGCCGUGGCCUACUGGCCGCAGUGGCAUCAGCCUGAGCCACACCAAGAGGCACCUGUGGACUUAAGGGAGAGGAUCGCCCAGCUGCGUGCGGCGAGGCACAGUGCACCCCAACCCGCGAGACUGCAGCCAUGGCGCUCGCAGGCCCCAUAG